UAUAACUGCAUUGCUUUGGUCUUUCAACUUGUCAUAAUAUAAAAAUAUAAAUGAUAUAGUUGUAUAAAAUCAACAAUGGAGUCACAAUACAAGACAAUUCAUCCAGCAAAGUAUCUCCGCGAUCACUUUGCCUCAAACAUAAGACCCGACGGUAGGGACUUUACAACGUUCCGUCCAGUGAGCCUAAACAUUGGUUCCAUCACACAAGCUGACAGUUCAGCUGUUAUCAAAAUUGGCAACACGGCCGUUGUUUGUGGGAUCAAAGCCGAAUUGGCUACCCCCAAAGCUGAAGCACCUGAUUGCGGCUUUGUUAUUCCAAACGUGGAGUUGACGCCCCUGUCAUCGCCGAAAUUUCGUCCUGGGCCUCCAGGUGAAGAAGCCCAACACACAACAAAGCUUGUAGAGAGGAUCCUAUUGAAUUCUGAAGCUAUAGAUUUGAAAGAUCUAUGCAUAUGUAAGGAUAAACUUGUCUGGGUGCUUUAUUGUGAUCUUAUUUGCGUAGAUUACGAUGGCUCCGUGGUGGAUGCAUGCAUCGGAGUUUUGAUGGCAGCUCUGAAAACUUUAACUCUGCCAGUUGUGGAGUACACACCGGAAACUGGUGCCACCAAAGUGGAUCCUAAUAACAGAAUCAGUAUACCUCUAAGGCAAUUAGCUGUUAGUAGUACGUACGCUAUUUUUGAAGACCAACUACUCGUGGUUGAUCCUACGGAAGAUGAGGAAAGUCUCUCUUUAAGUACCUUAACUAUAGUGUGUACGGAAAUAGAUAUGUGUUUUAUGCACAAGUCAGGUGGAGUUCCAAUUUCCAUUAACUUGCUAAACAAGUGCAUAUCGAAAGCAAGGAGUCAUGGAAAAAAAGUAAGAAAAUUAAUACUGGCCGCAGUUUCGACGAUAACGGAUGACGUAGGUUAAAAAUAAGUAAAGACGUAAAUAACUUUUAUUUAAAUUUUAAUUAACUGUACGUUUUAUAAAAAAUGUUGUACAAUCAAUGGUAACAUGGGAG